GCCGCCGCGGCACCGCAGGUCUUUCUUGAUGAUAUCUCUGAGCUCAUCUGCAGGACGUUGAAGAGACCGUAUCUCAAUCUCAAAAGGCUUCAGGGACUGCUUUCCUGGUGAGACGAUAAAGCAUGGCUAGCAUCCAGGAAGUGAGUGGAUUUUUCCUUCCAUCUCUCUGACAAAUUCACCAAAUUCCUGAGGAACACAAACUGUUUUUUCUGAAGUUGUUGAAGCUGAUAUGAGCAGAGCGGAGGGCAUUUUUUUUAGCCCUGCAAAGCUACUUGGUAUUUGAAAUGCUGAAGAGGAAAUUACGGUUUUGCCACAACUCGCGCUUCAGGCUUUUCUUGGGUCUAACUCUUAUUUUAGUAAUCAUUUCGGUUUUAAAAGUUAACCAGAAACAACACUUCUUAAAUCGGAGGCAUCUAGAGCUGACAAAAGAAGAUCCUAUUGGCAAUGUUAACUGCACCAAGAUUAUAGAAGGGGAUAUAGAAGAAAUUCAAAAAGUAAAGCUUGCGAUGUUGCUAACGUCAUUUAAGAAACGCCACAGACUAACAACAAAUGAUUAUAUUAACAUGACAGCAGACUGUGCCUCCUUCACCAAGACUAGGAAAUACAUUAUGGAACCUCUCAGCACUGAAGAAGCAGAAUUUCCAAUUGCUUACUCAAUAGUAGUUUAUCACAAAAUUGAGAUGCUUGAUCGACUUCUAAGAUCAAUCUAUGCCCCUCAGAAUUUUUACUGCAUUCAUGUUGACAAAAAGUCUCCAGAAUCCUUUUUUGCUGCUGUGAAGGGAAUAGUCUCAUGUUUUGAUAAUGUCUUUAUUUCCAGCCAGUUAGAGAGUGUUGUAUAUGCUUCAUGGAGCAGGGUGCAGGCAGACAUUAACUGCAUGAAAGAUCUCUACAGAAGAAGUUCAAACUGGAAAUACCUAAUAAACCUCUGUGGCAUGGACUUUCCUAUAAAGACCAACCAGGAAAUAGUAGAGAAAUUAAAAGCCCUCAAAGGUGAAAACAGCUUGGAAACAGAAAAAAUGCCCAUUUAUAAAGAAGUUAGGUGGAAAAAACACCAUGAGAUUAUUGAUGGUAGAAUAAAGAACACAGGCGUAGACAAAGAACCGCCACCUCUCAGUACUCCAAUUUUUUCCGGAAGUGCCUAUUUCGUAGUUAGUAGAAGAUUUGUAGAAUAUGUAUUAGAAAGCAGCAAAAUACUUAAGUUCAUUGAGUGGGCGAAAGAUACAUACAGCCCAGAUGAGUACCUGUGGGCAACAAUUCAGAGAAUCCCUGAAGUCCCGGGUGCAGUUUCUUCUAGUGGCAAGUAUGACGUUUCUGACAUGAAUGCAGUGGCCAGGUUUGUCAAGUGGCAGUACUUUGAAGGUGACGUAUUGAAAGGUGCACCCUACCCACCAUGCAGUGGAGUUCAUGUUCGCUCUGUCUGUGUUUUUGGGGCAGGAGACCUGAACUGGAUCCUACGAAACCACCACUUCUUUGCUAAUAAGUUUGACACUGAUGUUGACCCUUUUGCAGUGAAAUGUUUGGAAGAGCAUUUGCGACACAAAGCUUUGUAUCUGUGAAAGAACUGGAAUACUGCAUGCUCCAUGCUGAUUAUGGGUAUAACAUUUCUCAUCACGUUGGUGUGGUGGUGAAGACACCCACCCCGCCUUGUCCAUGGGCAAGGGGGAGAGAACACAUGUAUCAAGUGGAUAUGGGGAUUUCUUGUCUUGCACACUGGGGCCUGAAAAUUUGGGGACGAAAUUGAAGACAGCAAUUUUUGGAAGGCUAACUAUUUUCAAUAUUUAUUAUCUGAAGGGUGUAGUUAAUUGCAGUAGUUUUGCUAAACUAUUUGUUUUAAGGCUUGGAAAAUGCAUAUUGUUCAUGGUUACUCCUCAUUUUUUUCCCAUGAACAUAACGCUAGCUGGAAGGGAAAGGUGAAACGGGGAGGAAAAAAAGGGAAAAAAGCAGCUGGACUGCACAGACUUCAUACUGAGUACAGAAAGAUCUCAGGAAACUAACAUUAGAAUUGAUCUGAAGACUAUACAAAAGGGAAUGUACCAAAGCCAGCUGUCAUCAUUGAACUUAAAUCUGAUUGCUGUAGUUCUGUAAUGUGUAAUUCUUAAUCCUUCUGAAAAUUUCAUCUUCAGCGUAGAGUAUUAAGGACUUGUGUUUAAAUUUGGUAGUCAAAUCUUGCUUUUGUACUCUUAAACUCCCCUCAUAAUGUGAUAUAAAGUUUAUACACUAGUUUGUAAUUACAUCUUCUCAGGGAAACUUCAGUUUUGUGCCUAAAGAGAGGUAGAUGUGUAACUUUACAGUUUUUAGUGUGUCAGGAGUCUUGCCUUUAUAUCCAAAAUGACUCAAGUUUGUCAAAACUUUCAAAGAACUGCAGUGGUGUCCGUAUGUCACCAGUGGAACUGCUGGUUUCUGCUUUUGGUCAAGCUCAACUUGCAUUCCAGAUUAUUUUAACAUUGAGUAUGCAAAAAUAAAAUUAUUUUUCUAAAUGA